GCCAGUUUUUGUAAACUUAUGUAACAUCAAAAUGGAUGUUUGAUUCAGAGUUGACCUGGCAAGUGAAAGGCCCAUCUCUGAUGCUUUUAGUGGGCAUGUGAUCCGCGCUGUGUUGGCAACAAAGAGUUGUUACAAAUGGCGGCUUGCUUUGAACCCGACACUUGGCUAGUUUAUUGACUAACUGUGAAGAUACCGUGACCGGAAUCCGUGAUAUAGGGUUGGGAUCCAGGCGGUUUCUUGUCGGAGGAUUGAGGAUUAGAGUUCGAAACAAUUUGUGAUUAACUUAGGCCAUUUUAUUUUUUUUUGUGCGUCAGGUUUGUCUAGGUGGGAUUUGUGUUUGCAUUGCUUACAGGUCCUUUCGGCGACCCUGUCUCUGCUUUCAUUCUUUGAACGUUUCGCUUGUAGUACACAGCUUUUAAGGAAUUUGAGUUGCGUGCCUUGACUGUUGUGCUCUUUUUGGAAUCACAGUUUUUGUAGUUGUUGGACUGAAUCACUCUUGUCACAUCGAUCGGUGUUUUGCGUAUUUUUCCGUGUUGCUGCUUAUUUAGAAAUCGAAUAUUUCAGGACGAUAUGGAAGAGUUCAAUUACCACGUCUGCAGUUAGAAAUCGCAGGCUCUCGCCGCGAGUUGCCGCUCCAUCGCACCUGCGUAGCUCUAGUAACCUGGUUUGCGUUGCAGUCGCAUCCGACGCACCCCUGCUAAUUUCUUGGCUUGGAAACUCCAUUCCCAUUCCCGCGUCUAGUUGGCGGUGGAAAAGCCAAGCCCAGUGAGGAGGUUCUUUUUUUUCAGAAGACAACCAUUUUUUCUUCUUUAGCGUCGAUUGCGGCUGCGGUGUUUCGAAGAGUGCAAUAUCAAUGGUUGAGGACGUGCUUUCUUGAAUAGUUAUUGAAUACGAUGAAAGUAGAAAAAAACGAGUGAGAAGGUCAUGGCAACUGAAACGAUUGUCACAGGUGAUCAAAUGCAAGAGUCAUCUUCAUCAGAGCUUUUCGAGUGUGACUUUUGUGAUGUAGAGGAGGUGAAGCGUCUUUCACAUGCUUUACUCGUCGCUCUUGCGGCAGCUUGUGUGGAAAAGACCUCAGGCACACUUAGCCAACGGGUGGCUGUGUUACCGGGUGUCAAGAAAGAAAUGCUUGAGUAUCUGAAUCAGCAAAGCCAGACUUAUGCCAAUAGCAGCUCAAGCUUACAGCGCAGCAAUUCCUUACAGGUCACAUAUCCAACACAUAUUGUGAAGGAUAUGCUUGAAACUUUCAUCAAAUCAAAGAGAAACAUGUUUUCUCGUGUCUCGGGUAUUGUCAUUGAUGCACACAAGGGUGAAAAAAUUGAUGACUUUGUUCAUGAGCUGGAUCAGACAGACAUGUGGUUGGCUGGUCGGAGAGAGGUUCUAGCCAAAGCAUUGUUGAAGAGAAUUGAUCAAAAGAAGACAUACCACUGUGGGAUGAGAUUUGAGAUUGAGGAUGAACUCGAUAAGCACAAAACCAGCUGUGUCCUGAGGCCAAUAACAUGCCCCAACGAGGGUUGUGGUGAUGUCUUCUCUGCUUUACAUGUAGAUGCACAUGAUGCUUCAUGCGUUUACAAACUCCUCCCAUGUUUCCUUGAAUGCGAGUCUUCGGUGCAGCGCAAGGAGAUGGAGAAUCAUUGUGCAACAGUAUGCCCAAUGAAGAAGAUCAAAUGCCCUUAUCAUACGGUUGGGUGCCCUCAUGUUAUGGCUCAGGGUUUAUUGGAAAGCCAUUGUACAGAAUAUGUGGGGCAGCACUUGCUGGAGACUUUACAACAUGUACAGAACCAUGAUGUAGCCCUUCAAGCUCAUGCGCAGAGCCUUCUCUUUGUAGAAAAGGCCGUACAACUAGCCCAAAGAUCAGAGGCCGUUAGUGUAGGGAAUAUGAAUGUCACGGUAAAGGAACAAGAGAACAGAGUGAAGUUGCUGGAAGUUGAAGUGAAGAAGCUCAAGGAAAAUCUGAAAGCAACCGAUGUUUCUGCCGAAGUACUGCAACUGAUGCGUGAGCUUCGGAACUUGCAGAAACAAGUUGAGAGCCUAAGUUCCUCCUCUCAAUCCGCACGCUGACGUGAGAUGUCAUUGCAAGACCUGCUCAUAUACGAAUUGUCUUUUCACUUCUCAGCUUUGUGGAUACUUCUCCUGCAGUAUGUGGAAGUAGUGUUUGUUGGCAAGGCUACUUACACUUGCUGGACUUUCUGUAGCAGGGUACUUCAUACUCUUUAGUAUCAGGGGUAACUUUCUGCAUGAUUCUGUAGAACGCUUCACAAGGGAUUAUGUUACUCAUGAGGUGGAUUGUCAAGGUAUUCCUUGUAUCCUUGGGUUCUAUUAGGGUAAAUUAAAAUGUCUUUCAGUUUGUCAAAAUUUUAAAAAUUAGUUAAUUAAAAUUAUAAAAAGGAGAAGAGCUUUGGUAACAUUGAAUGCAGGUGAAAGAUCAUAUAUGUUAGUUUACAAGUUUGGAAGUAAAAGUUCAUGUAUGUUAGUUUACAAGUUUGGAAGUAAAAGAUCAUGUAUAUUAGUUUACAAGUUUGGAAGUAAAGGAUUAAUAAUAUUUGUAUCA